ACCCGGCGUGGCGCGGAUGAUGUCGAGGGGGCAUUUCCGGAUUUCGAUUACGCUCCGUGCGUAUCGCCAGGCCGGGGCUUCUACCCCGCCCACCUUUCGCUUACCCGGGAGCGACGCAUCCGAUCGGCGUUAACUCUUCUACGGCUUCUCUCUAGCGCCCGUGCGGGGGGAGCGCUCCUGCGCGGGAGCAGCGGAGCGCGUCCGACGGUCGAGCGGCAGGCCCUGAGGCGGGAUUGGGCGGUGGGGCUUCGCCGCUGCCGCGCCAUGUCGGUGGUUUUCGUCCCCGAGCGACUCCGGGGCAAAGCCGAGGUGAACCAAGAGACGCUGCGACGGCUGCUAGAAGAAAAUGAUCAGCUGAUUCGCUGUAUUGUGGAGUAUCAGAAUAAAGGAAGAGCUGCAGAAUGUGUGCAGCACCAGCACACAUUGCACAGAAAUCUUAUUUAUUUGGCUACUAUUGCUGAUGCAUCUCCUUCCCCAAAUGUAGAGAAGAUGGUCACAGAGUAACACCGUUUCCAGCACAUCUGUAUUUGGAGAGAAUGAGCCAGCUGAAGAAGAGACAGCAGUCAACUGCAGUUUAAGAAUCUCUGGCUGAAAACUGCAGAACUGUGCUUCUUUAAAAGAGGACAUGCCUUUGCAUGAUCAGUAAAUACUGUUUUAUUUAUCUUCUCUCUUUGUGCAAAAAGAAAAAUGGCAUUGAAUUCAGUUACAGUAACAUCUCAUUAUGGUAGGUCUAGGAGGACGUUUUUUCACAAGCAGGUGUUUUUUUAUUGUAUUUCUUCACUUUCUCCUAUGCUAAGCUUUGGUUGUAGAAUAUAAUUUAUAAUAAAACUAGAAUUAUCUUCAGUCCUUAGGGAUUUGGCAAUCUAAAAAUGUAAGUUUUCAAGUGAAACUGAAGUUGCUGCAAACAAUAUAUUAAUAGACUGCUUUACAAAUAGCUAUUUUGCAUGGCUUUUGUGUUCUCCUUUUUAGAUCCAUUAGCAGUCCUGAAGUGUUCCAUAUCAACAAAGAAUCUAAUAUUCUUUUUAACCCCCAUCCCAUAAAAUCUGAAGUUUCUUGCUAGGGAAAUUGUUUUUCUACCCAGAGAAACAAUCAUUCUUUUCAGCUGUUAGAUGUCUAGAAGGAAGAGUAUAGCAGCCCUCCUAAUCUCUCAAUUUCAGAUUAAGCCAACGUUUGUAAAUUCCAGUGGGCUGUCCUGAGGGAUCUGCCUACCUUCAGAAGACCUUGUCCUUACCAAGAAUCGCACGUACAUACCACACCAGAAACCGAGCUGAGGAUCAUAGAUACUCUAGCAUAUGCAAGCAGAAUACAACCUAUUACACAAAAUAUAUUUGAGUCCUGGAAAAGCAAAAGACAUGAGAAAUAAACUCUCUGCCUUAACUGCAUUAAGGUAUAAGUUGAAGUAAAGAGGAACUUCGACAAGCUUUUCAGAUUCAUGCAUUAAAGUACAUUCCACGACUCCUAGCAAUUCCUGUUUUCUGACCUUGCCCAAAGGGCUGACAGUUACUGUGGCUGAUGAGGGUUGAAGAGAUUCAAGUUAUUUCAUAUGGUGAACUACUUUUUCUGGGUGCAGAAAUUACUAAUUUCUAGAUACUGAUGAAUUAUAGAAAAGUCUCACAAUUAUAUCUGAUAGAGAAAAUUUAUCUAGAAAAUUCUCUAGGACAGGCCCAAUAUAUCACUUCAAAGAAUUUGAGUGAAGUAGAGUAGGGAAUAGCACUAUCAAGUUAAAGUGGUGGGAUGAAGUAACAUAUCAACAUUCUAAAAUCUGGCUGUUCGUUUCAGUGUAUGAACUCUGAAUGAAAGCUCAGCCAAGGUAAAAACAGGCAUUCAAAGACUUGUGAGGAAGGAAAUCUAAAAGAUGACUAUUGUUUACUGCUUUAUAUGGCACAGAAGUUGGGGCAGCUCUCUUAAAUAAUGCAGGUGCCUGAGCAAAAGGUGCCAAACACCCAUGUAAUAAAUAUAGUUCUGUGUCAUGUGGAACAAUUAAGCUGUUACCAAAUCUACAAAAUGACAUCAAGCUGUGACCUAGAUAGUAAGGUUUCAGACUACUCACGUAAAGAAUUUCACAUUAUCUGUUAGUUUUGGUCUAAGGUGUUCUGUUUCCUGUGGCAAAGACCAAUUACUCAAAAGGAGCAGAAGCGAUAGAGAGAAUGAGAUUAUGAAUGAAUGAAUGAAUGAAUGAAUGAAUGAAUGAAUGAAUGAAAUUCAGAGGCUUGCACUAUCUGUUUAAAGUAUCUGCAUUUGCUCAGAAAUCCAAGUGAACACGACAAUGCUGUGGAGAAAAUCAGAGUUAAAAUAAAUAGAAUAAAUGAAAGCAA